GUCUACUCUGGCCAGUGGCAAUGUGCGCAUACAGAAAAGCAAAAGCAUAAAUUCUUCAUGAUGCUGUCCGCCGGCGCCAUUUCAUCGUCGUUGUCUUCUUCGAUAUUUUGAGCUGUAUACUCAUCACGCGCCUACUCACACGCUACAGCAUUACGGGUUGACUUAACUAGCAUUCCAACUUCUGAAUUCCCAAGAACACUCGAAAAUAAAAGCAACCCGACCCACUUUCUCGUCCUCGUCAAAUCUUCUCGACCCCUUUUGUUUUUUGGAUUGAAUUGCAUUAGGGUUUAGCAGAGAUGGGGAGCCCGAAGAAGAACCAGAGCAAUGGUUUCUUCGCGUCGAUGACGUCGGGUUUGUCGAUGUUCAGUAGCGCCAUUCACAGAUCUGUCAACGGAUUGAUUGGAUAUGAAGGAUUGGAAGUUAUAAAUCCCGAAGGAGGUAAAGAAGAUGCAGAGGAGGAAGCAUUGAAAGGAAGAUGGAAACAGGAGGAACGAGAUAGUUACUGGAGGAUGAUGCAGAAGUACAUUGGAGCUGAUGUCACGUCAAUGGUGACACUUCCUGUCCUGAUAUUUGAACCAAUGACAAUGCUUCAGAAAAUGGCAGAGUUAAUGGAAUACUCCCACCUUUUAGACAGGGCAGAUGAAUGUGACGAUCCUUAUAUGCGCAUGGUGUAUGCAACAUCUUGGGCAAUAUCUGUCUACUAUGCCUUCCAACGUACUUGGAAGCCUUUUAAUCCAAUUCUUGGUGAGACUUAUGAAAUGGUCAAUCAUGGUGAAGUUACAUUUAUUUCGGAACAGGUUAGUCAUCAUCCACCAAUGAGUGCAGGGCAUGCUGAAAAUGAGCAUUUUGCAUAUGAUGUGACAUCAAAAUUGAAGACCAAAUUUUUAGGGAACUCCCUUGAUAUCUAUCCUGUUGGAAGAACACGUGUGACUCUCAAAAGAGAUGGUGUUGUGUUGGAUUUGGUUCCACCAUCCACAAAGGUCAACAAUUUGAUUUUUGGUCGAACUUGGGUGGAUAACCCUGGUGAAAUGAUCAUGACCAAUCUGACUACUGGGGACAAAGCUGUGCUCUAUUUUCAACCUUGUGGUUGGUUUGGGGCUGGACGGUAUGAAGUUGAUGGAUAUGUUUAUAAUGCAGCCGAGGAACCAAAAAUACUGAUGACUGGAAAAUGGAAUGAAUCAAUGUCUUAUCAACCAUGUGAUCUAGAAGGCGAGCCUUUGCCUGGCACAGAAUUGAAAGAGGUUUGGCGGCUUGCUCCUGUCCCAGAAAAGGACAAAUUCCAGUAUACUCACUUUGCCCACAAAAUCAACAGCUUUGAUACUGCUCCUAAGAAGUUACUAGCAUCUGAUUCUCGUUUACGCCCCGAUAGAGCUGCUCUUGAAAAAGGUGAUCUAUCCAAAUCCGGCUCUGAAAAAAGCAGUUUGGAGGAGAGGCAAAGAGCUGAAAAGAGAAUCCGCGAGGCAAAAGGUCAUCAAUUCACCCCAAGAUGGUUUGAUAUAACCGAUGAGAUGACUCCGACUCCAUGGGGAGACUUGGAAAUCUGCCAAUAUAACGGCAAGUACGCUGAACAUCGGGCUGCCAUAGAUGCUUCCAACAGCAUUGACAUAGGAGAUGUCAGAUCCGCGGAGUUCAACCCUUGGCAGUAUGGCAAUGUGUCUGAGGAAUGAUGCAAAUCCAACUUCUUCACUGGUACUUGGAUUUUUCAGGUCACUAGAUUACAAGUGCUUUAUAUAUGUGGCUUGUGUACACUAUCUCAUUUCCUAGUUUUCUUUUUUCUUCUUAUUAUUUAAAUAAAUCAUUUUUUUGGUUGAAAUUAAGGAGUUUACUCUAAAGCACAAUUUAUCAAAUGUUAAAAUAUUUUCAUUCUCCAA